AUGUUGCAGAAUUUGGUUCAUCCACAAGAACAGCUUCCUCUUGAAGAAAUUGGGAGCCCACUUGGUGCUCAAAUUUUGGAAUUUUGCGAGUCUGAAUUAUUUCCAGAAACCCUACAAAAUUCUGAAGUUGCUUCAAGCUCAAAUUGCUGCUAUGAAGAUCACACUUCAUAUCCAGCAAAUCUUUCCAUUACCACAGAUAUGAGUAAUUUCACCAGUACCAUGAAUCUUACUCUGCAGCAUGACAUGAAGCGGGUGGCGGCUGCCAUGACGGCCACCCCUUCUGUCCCCUUCACGACCAGCCCUUCCGAGCCCACUGUCACCUCCACCAUCUCCCCCACCAACACUAAAAACAACGGCAACUUCUCCAUAAUAUUCGACUCUGCUGAAGAUAUUGAUAACGAUAUUUCUGCAUCCAUAGAUUUCACCCCUUCUCCAACCUUUUCAGUUCCUCAAUACUACAACAACAACAACAACAAUAAUCAAGAACAAUUUGAAUUUUUGUCGCUGAAUAACCAGAUUUCUGCUGGAGAUGUUGUGGAUGGAUCAAUGUCUCACUACCCUCCUGAGCCACCACCUCCGGUGCCACUCCUGGGGCUUCCGCCACUGCCAACUGCUUACGAUGAAGAAUGCUUAUCUUCUAUGCCUUCCUACAUGCGGUUGAGUUCUUCUUUGCCUUCCUACGGAAUUAUGGAUCCGAUUAUGGGACAGUACCUUCCUGCAGGCAACAUUAAUCCGCCAUUUUCUACUGAAAAUUCUGGAAUUCUCACUGGGAGUAGUUUGCUUAUGGGAACUAAACUUCAACCUCAAGAACCGGAUUUCCAGGGUGAUGAUGGUGGACUCUUCCUCCCUGACACCAUAUCAAGGCUCUUUAACUGCUCUAGUGAUCUUCAGGCAUUUAAUAACGAGAACCAGCAUAUGGCCCAUGGAGAUCCAAAUUCUACUCCUUUGGCAUCAGAGAUUUCGAGCUUGGAAGAUUCUACUUUCAAGGUGGGGAAACUCUCCGUCGAAGAAAGGAAAAAGAAAAUCCAUAGAUACAUGAAGAAAAGAAAUGAAAGGAAUUUCAGUAAGAAAAUUAAGUAUGCGUGUCGCAAAACACUUGCAGACAGCAGGCCUCGUGUUAGAGGAAGGUUUGCCAAGAAUGAUGAAAUUGAUGAGGCUGCAAGAACUGCUAGUAGCAACCAUGAAGAAGACACAGAUGAAGAUGUAAGUCUGUUUGCAACUCAGAUCCCUCACCACCAAGACAAGGUGAUGGUGAAAGAAGAGGAUAUAGUAGACUCUUCAGACAUAUUUGCACACAUAAGACCCACCAUCAACCAGCUGCCUCACUCAGCAGGAUUAUUUCAAAAUCUUGAAGUAGUUGAGAAAUGA